AUGGCGGUCAUAUGGCUAGCGGCUUCCUUGGCGUUGCUUGUCUCGAGCCCCUUUUACAUCCUGUUCGAAAUCACGAAGAAAAUAUUGAAGGCGAAACGGACCCGUUGCCAACAUGGCUAUGAAGAGCCGGACAUAGAAAGCGGCCCGCAGAUUUCCCCUUCACGGCGCCUGAGUGGGAAAUAUGCGCGCAUUAAUGGGGAUGAGGCGUCGUUCGCAUCAUAUCGACUAAUUGGCAUAUCCAAAGUACAGCUCGAGGAGGUCGUUGAUGCAUGCACGUGGGAAUCGGUCAACAAGAGGAUGGGACACGGAUUCACAUGUCUUGCAGACAUAGUCCAGGCGCAUGUUACAAUGGUGGAGAACGGCGCCAACCUAUGGAACGAGUCAGAUCCUGAUCUAGAGUGGUCUCUUCUCGCCUUCAUCGGUGUUGUGAAGAAAGGCUGGAAGUCAGUUGGUGGCCUCCUAUUUGUUCCUGCCGACACCUAAAGAAAAGGGGGAGCCCUAUUAUGGAUAAUUCUUUUUCACGACACAUGUUGCACGGACUCUCCUUGCUGGCUUCUCAUUUGGAGAUGAAUGGCUUUCUGAUAUUCAAGGGUUAUUUGCUGUGGAAAAUGUAAGGUAUCUAGUCACGAUGAACUCAAGUCUGUAGGCUCCUAUACAGCGUUAGUGUCGUUCAAUUGUAUCGGAAAUUCAGAAUAUGCGCGGCGCUUAUAAGUUGUCUAAUACUUGCUACGUAUGUAAUCAUAGUUAGAUCUUGGAUACUUGUAUGCUUGAUAGGUUGACGGUGUCAUGAAAUCGGGUUAGAAUAUGAGCUCAAAAUAAGCAAACUUAUUACGAAAAGGGUUUCUGUG